ACCAAGCGGAGGUUUUAUUCAGUGAGCCGGUGCACCAGCAAGCAAAUGCUAGUAUAUAUUGCAUUGCAUGCACAGUCCGAAGGUUUCGAUUGAAACGCAUUCCCUCUUCUCUUCUUCCGUCACUGGUCAAGACAAGUAGUCUGAGUCUCAGAGAGUGAAAAAUGGCGUCCAAGUCUCCGAAGAAAACCAACCUCUUAGAUCACAACUCCAUCAAGCACAUUCUCGACGAGUCUGUCUCUGAGAUAGUGAAGAGUAAUGGGUAUGUGGAAGAUGUGAGAUUGAGCAACGUGAGACUGUUGAUUGGGGCUGUCAUCAUCGUCAUUGCUCUCUUCUCUCAGUUUUACAAGAAGAAGUUCCCCGAGAAUAAGGAUUUUGUCCUUGCCUGCAUCGCUUUGUAUGUAAUCUUCAAUGGGUUGUUGCAGCUGAUCAUAUACACUAAGGAGAAAGAUGCUAUACUGUUUACUUAUCCUCCUGCUGGAUCCGGUACCGGUUUGGUAGUUUCCUCCAAAUUGCCUAGAUUUUCUGACAUGUACACGCUUACCAUAGCAAGUGCAGAGCCAAAAUCAAUUUCUACAAAUGAACCAGUACAUUUUACUAAAAGUGUUACUCAGUGGUUCACCAACGACGGAAUCUUAGUUGAGGGCCUCUUUUGGAAGGAUGUUGAAGCACUGAUAGCUCAAUAUACGAAACCAAAGAAGAGCAAGUGAUAUGGAGACUUAUCUUAGUUCUGCAGGGAACAUUUUGGAGGGCAAAUAUACAUCUAGAUAUGAGUUAUAUUUCUAUACAUUCUCAACAUCUAAAAUGGAAGUGAGUAAAUCAAGCUUUCACUAGCUUUAGAACACAAUUUAUUUCCAUUUUUCUUCAGUCUAUUUUAUAGAAAAAAGUCGAACCUUUA